CCCAGCACCCGUACCGUAAUUACAUGAAUAGAGCUGGUGUUUUUAAUAUGUUUUUUAUGCUUUUUGCAAACGAUGAGCCAUUCUGCCUCAUUACUGCAGGACAAAAUACAAACACAUAUAUCGUAAACCUGCUGCUCACAACAGGAACUUUGAGGGGUGUGCGAAGGACCCCCCAGCUCACCUUUCCCCACAUUGGCGACGGGCCCGUCCUGUGGGCUGUAGCCAGCAGACUUGUAGAAACGAGCCCGAUACCAAACACCAAACAACACGGCCAGCAGGAAGAGCUGUGCGAUACUCGCUCACCUGUUCAAUUCACAGUAAGUGAAUGCUCUUGGAUUUACCACUGCAAGGCUUAACCCCCGGAAACCACAGACAGCUGUUGGGCAUCUGUAAUCACCGAGCAAGUGAGUGGGUGAGAAUGAAUGAGGCCACAGGAGAACAGAGCAUCCGAGAAGCGCUCAAAAGGAACAAUGAAGAGGAAGAAAUCCUGGAAGGAGACACAACAGAAGAUGAGGAGCCCAAAGCCUGCGGUGUGUGUGGAGAUCUGGCCAAGGGUUACCACUUUAAUGCUUUGACAUGUGAAGGCUGCAAGGGCUUCUUCAGACGUGCCAUAAAGAGGUCGACGCAGUUCCGCUGUAGGUUCCAGAACAAAUGCAACAUAACUAAAAACAACCGACGGUCGUGUCAAGCCUGCCGCUUCCGUAAAUGCCAGGCCAUAGGCAUGCGCCAAGAGAUGGUCAUGUCAGAGAAGGAAGUAAAGGAGAGGAGGUUCCGCAUCCAGACCAGGAAGAUGCUAGAUGUACCAGUGGAGCUUUCAACUCAACAAGAGGAAACCAUUCAGGAGCUACUCUGCAGCCACCACCACUCGUUCGACUCAGCAUUUUAUCGCUUCAGUGGCUUCAGGCCUAUGGACAGAAAUGUCCUUCCUGUAGGUGAGUAUGAGUCUGAAAGCGAGAACUGCUCGCUCUCCUCCACCAGUCUCUCUGGUUCCUUUGAAACACCAGAAAACGAAGAGCAUGAAGAGGCCGGAAAAAAAAGCAGUAUUUUCACUGCUCUUCCACAUGUAGCUGACCUGACCACUUACAUGAUUCAGGACAUCAUCACUUUCUCCAAAAGUCUCCGGGACUUCCGAUCUCUGAACAUAGAGGACCAAAUUUCUCUGUUAAAGGGAGCCACAUUUGAAAUAAUGCAGAUACGCUUCAAUAUGGUGUUUAACACAAAAACAGGAAUCUGGGAAUGUGGCCAUAUAACAUACUGCAUAAAUGAUGCUGUACGAGCGGGUUUCCAGCCUCUUCUGCUGGAGCCUCUGCUCAAAUUUCACCACACACUGCGCAACCUGGGCCUGCAGGACGAAGAGUAUGCCCUCAUGCAAGCCAUGUCCCUGUUUUCUCCAGACCGUCCAGGUGUGCAGCAGCACCGUGUGAUUGACGAGCUGCAUGAAAACUUGGCGGUGACUCUAAAGUCCUGGAUUGACUGCAGGAGGACAGGGCCAGAAAAACACCUGCUGUACCCCAAAGUGAUGUCCUGCCUCACUGAGAUGAGAACAAUGAAUGAGGAGUAUAGCAAACAGGUUCUGCAGAUCCAGGACAUCCAGCCAGACAUUAUCUCACCUCUCAUAAUGGAGGUGGUCAGUAAAAAUCCCUGCACUGACUUCUGAUAGUGACAUCUACUGUUCAUAGCCGAACCAGCUGAAUGUGCACAUUCAUUUGAAGAAGUCUUCUGUCUUUGAUGUUGUAAAAUGUGUCCAAAUACUAAAUAAUGCACUUACAUCAUGUGAUAGUCUGAAGCACAAAAUCCAGAUGAAGAUAAUUAAGUCCUGCUGAAAAACUAUCAUCUGGUGUCCGCUCACUUUCCGCAGGUCAAGUAAGCUAUUAAUUAGAAGGACAGCAUUAGGUUUCAGGGGUUACAGUGGCACUGGAUUGUGUUGGAUUUAACAUGUAUGUGUCAUUUGUUUUACCUACAGUACGUUUACUUUGUGUAUGAAUGAAUGCUGACAUAACGUUGUGAAGUUUAAUGUUUUCUAUAAGAGUCGCACACAGAAUUGUGAGAGAACUUUCUCAGAACAGUCAGAGCUGUAGCUGCAAAGACAAUCAUUGUUCCCUCAGGUUUAUGUUUAGUGUUUGAUGUAUUCAUGUGAAACAAGAAGGCUCUUCAAUUAUUUAAUAUUAAAUAAAACUGAGUUGUGUGGUGGGGCUUCUAUGGCCAUAAACCUAAGACAAA